UGUGUGUGUGUGUGUGUCACGUGACCCUCUCCACCGGUCCCGGGGUUUCUCUGUCUCAUGGCGGAGACGCAGCGCUGAGGAGCGGACAGAGGAUCCCGGAUGGCGCUCGCUGUUGUUGUGCUGCUGCUGAACAGCCGCCGUUUAGAGAGAGCCGCCGGAAGCGGGGUGUCGUCGUUGUUGUUUGUCCGGUGUGGUUUCCGGGGAAGCCACGGUUUCAUCCCGGAGAGAUGAUGGCGGAGAGGCCCGUGGAUGUGAGCGCGCUGCCGCCGGAGGUCCGGGAACAGCUGGCUGAGCUCGACCUGGAGCUGUCUGAGGGUGACAUCACACAGAAAGGAUAUGAGAAGAAGAGGGCUAAGUUACUGGCACCGUACACAACACACACACACAGUGAUGAACCGAACGAACAGCAUGCGUCUGUCGGCCGAGCUGAAAACAAUUUGACCCCACCUCCUGAGUAUGAUGGACAGGAGCCUGGUCCAAGCUCUGCUACUGUACCCAGCAACGCCUCCUCAAGCUCCUCCUCCUCUCGGCAUCAUCGUGCACGCAGAUCGCACAGGAGCGGAGGCACUCGGGACGAGCGCUACAGAUCAGAUAUACACACCGAAGCUGUUCAGGCUGCUUUGGCCAAACACAAAGAGGAGAAAAUGGCGUUGCCGAUGCCGACCAAACGUCGCUCAGCGUACGUGCAGUCACCUAUCGACAACUGCAGCCCACCAGACUCGUCCUCGUCCUCAGAUGAUGAAAGCGGUCCAGGGCUCAGCGGUGGUCAGCAGCCAUCUCCAGACUCGUGGAUGAACAGUUCCAUCCCAGGUUCCUCCACUUCAUCCUCCUCAGCAUCUUCCACCAUGUCUCAUGGAGAGUCUCGUCCCCCUCAGGCACCUCAGCCACAAAGUCAACACACACACUCACAGCCACCACAUUCAUACUCACAACCGUCCGCCCUCGCGGAGGCCUUCGCCCACGCCUGCAUCGAUCCUACAGGUUUCAUUGUUCUGGGUGCUGAUGGUGAUUCUCCGACUCAGACACGAAAUCAAGGAUCUCGUGUGGAUCUGCCCUCUAAUGCCAUAGUGAGAGGGAUGAGUCGUGGCCAGAGCAGAUCCAGCAUGAUAGAGACAGCAGACGUGAGAAGAGUGGGGAAAGGUGUUCCUGUGUCCAGUCGUGUGUCUACUAAGAUCCAGCAGCUCCUCAACACGCUGAAACGACCCAAACGUCCUCCACUUAGUGAGUUUUUCAUGGAUGACCAAGAGGAGAUUGUAGAAGUCCCUCGGCCAGACCCUAACACCCCGAGGCCCGAGGGCCGUCAGAUAAUCCCAGUGAAGGGAGAGCCACUGGGCGUGGUCAGUAACUGGCCUCCUGCCCUGCAGGCUGCGCUGGCUCGAUGGGGUGCCACUCAGGGCAAAAGCCCUGCUCUUACAACUCUGGACAUUACAGGAAAACCUCUCUACACUCUUACAUAUGGGAAACUUUGGAGUCGUAGUGUUAAACUGGCUUACACACUACUGAACAAACUGGGGACCAAGAACGAGCAGGUUAUAAAGCCCGGAGACCGGGUGGCACUUGUGUACCCGAACAGUGACCCUGGCAUGUUUUGGGUGGCAUUUUAUGGCUGUUUGCUUGCAGAGGUCAUUCCUGUUCCAAUAGAGGUGCCACUGUCCCGAAAGGAUGCAGGCAGUAGUCAGGUGGGCUUCCUGUUAGGGAGUUGUGGUGUGACUCUUGCGCUGACCAGUGAGAUCUGUCUAAAGGGUCUACCGAAGACCCCCACUGGGGAAAUCCUGCAGUUUAAAGGCUGGCCGAGACUGAAAUGGGUGAUUACUGACUCUAAAUAUCUCACCAAACCUUCAAAAGACUGGCAGCCACAUAUCCCCACCGCUAACACUGACACAGCAUAUAUAGAGUAUAAGUUGAGUAAGGAGGGGACAGUGGUGGGCGUGGCCGUGUCGAAGAUAGCCAUGUUAACACACUGUCAGUCGCUCUCACAGGCCUGUAACUACUGCGAGGGUGAAACACUGGUGAAUGUUUUGGACUUUAAGAAAGACAUGGGUCUAUGGCAUGGCGUCCUCACAAGUGUGAUGAACCGGAUUCACACCAUUAGUGUUCCAUAUGCAGUAAUGAAAGCGUGUCCACUGUCCUGGGUCCAGCGUGUUCACAUACACAAAGCACGUGUUGCCUUGGUGAAGUGUCGAGACCUGCACUGGGCCAUGAUGGCACACAAGGAGCAGAGAGACAUCAGUCUGUCCUCACUGCGUAUGCUGAUCGUCGCUGAUGGAGCCAAUCCCUGGUCUGUGUCAUCAUGUGAUGCAUUCCUGAAUGUAUUCCAGAAUCAUGGCUUGAAGCCGGAGGUGAUUUGCCCGUGUGCUACAUCCCCUGAGGCCAUGACUGUGGCCAUACGCAGACCUGGAGUUCCCGGUGCUCCGCUCCCCGCCCGGGCCGUGCUCUCCAUGACGGGUCUGAGUCAUGGGGUCAUCCGGGUCAACACAGAGGACAAGAACUCCGCCCUCACUGUACAGGACGUGGGUCAUGUGAUGCCCGGAGCGUUGAUGUGCAUCGUGAAGCCAGAUGGGCCGCCGAUGCUCUGUAAGACGGACGAGAUUGGAGAGAUUGUGGUAAACUCUCGUGCUGGAGGAACCCUGUACUACGGCCUGAUGGGAGUCACCAAGAACACAUUCGAGGUGAUCCCUGUGAAUCUGAAUGGAGCUCCUAUUGGAGAAAUACCGUUCGUGCGCUCAGGACUGCUUGGAUUUGUUGGACCGGGCAGUCUGAUAUUCGUAGUCGGGAAGAUGGAGUGCUUGCUGAUGGUCAGUGGACGUCGCCACAAUGCCGACGACCUCGUGGCUACAGCCCUCGCCGUGGAGCCGGUCAAGACCGUGUACAGGGGCAGGAUUGCAGUAUUCUCAGUGACCGUGUUCUAUGAUGAGAGGAUCGUGAUCGUAGCAGAACAGAGACCUGAUGCCAGUGAAGAGGACAGUUUUCAGUGGAUGAGCAGAGUUCUGCAGGCCAUAGACAGCAUCCAUCAGGUGGGUCUGUACUGUCUGGCUCUGGUUCCUGCCAACACGCUGCCCAAGACUCCUCUGGGUGGAGUUCACAUCUCAGACAUCAAGCAGCUCUUCCUCGAGGGUUCGCUGCACCCCUGCAACAUCCUCAUGUGCCCUCACACGUGUGUGACCAACAUGCCCAAACCUAGGCAGAAACAACCAGUGGGUGUAGGUCCUGCCUCCAUUCUGGUUGGGAACCUUGUUGCUGGAAAGAGAAUUGCUCAGGCAGCAGGAAGAGAUCUGGGAAUGAUCGAGGACCAAGAUUUGGUCAGAAAGCUGUGCAUGUGGCCCACUAUGAUGCAUCAGUAUCUGACUGAAGCUCUGCAGUGGCGAGCGCAGACAGAUCCAGAGCAUGUGCUGUAUGUUCUGCUGAAUGCAAAGGGUGUGGCAGUUUCCACAGCUUCAUGUUUACAACUUCAUAAAAGAGCUGAAAAAAUCGCUGCUGCGCUCAUGGAGAGAAGUGGAAUUAGUAUCGGAGAGAACGUUGUGCUGUUAUACCCACCAGGCAUUGAUCUGAUUGCAGCUUUUUAUGGCUGUCUCUAUGCCGGCUGUAUUCCCGUCACCGUGAGGCCUCCACACCCACAGAACCUCUCAGCCACACUGCCUACAGUCCGCAUGAUCAUCGACGUGAGUAAAGCUGCCUGCAUCCUCACCACUCAGAUUCUCACCAAGACUCUCAGAUCUAAAGAAGCUGCUGCUUCAGUCAACAUAAAAACCUGGCCCAUCAUAAUAGACACAGACGAUCUUCCUCGUAAACGUCCUCCAAACAUCUACAAACCUCCGUCUGCUGACGUGAUUGCUUACCUGGACUUCAGCGUGUCCACCACGGGCAUGCUCACAGGAGUGAAGAUCUCUCACUCGGCGGUCUCUGCUCUGUGCCGCUCUAUAAAGCUGCAGUGUGAGCUGUAUUCCUCUCGCCAACUCGCCAUCUGCCUCGACCCGUACUGCGGACUCGGCUUCGUGCUCUGGUGUCUUGCCAGUGUCUACUCAGGUCAUCAGUCCAUCCUGAUUCCUCCUCUGGAGUUGGAGAGUUCGUUGUCUCUGUGGUUGAGCACACUGAGUCAGUAUCGCAUCAGAGACACCUUCUGCUCCUACUCUGUCAUGGAGCUGUGUACGAAAGGCCUCGGGGGACAAACUGACAUGCUGAGGGUACACACAUGACAAUACACACACGACACACACAUGACAAUACACACACGACACACACAUGACAAUACAC